CAAACACCGCAAAAAAAGGUUAAAUUAGAAAAAGUUUAUUUUGCAAAUUUAAUUAAAAGCUGAUUAAAACUCAUUAAAACUCAAGAUAUUUUCAGUGAAAUUUACUUUAGACAGUUAAACAUGGCGAUACCUGGAUCGAUUGGAAAGGAUAAUUUGAAUAUCAGCUUCAGACUUAAUAGCAAAACAAAUGUAUUUGACGGUUCCUCGAAUGCGUUAGUAAAUGCAAAAGUGAAUAUUGUUGGAUCAGCAAGUAGCUUUGGACUGGUUUUUGUUGGAUCAUCAAAUGCUGAGAUUUUCGUGAUUUGUACGAAAGAUUUGGAACUUCCAACAGCAUUAGAUCAAAAUGCUCCAGUUCGUAAAAUUCCUAUGCCAUCGCCUGUUACUCAAUUAGCUACAAACUGUGACGGAUCAAUUCUGGCUGUUGAUGUUAAAAUAAAUGGUGUUCCUCACAUCCAGAUGUAUUCAGUUCCUUCGUUUUUAACUCCUAACAUUCAAAAAAUCAGCGAACUUCGUCUGUCAGCCGAUAACGCGAAUUCAACUCAGUUGUGUUGGAAUCCAGUAAUAAAUUCAAUCCUUGCUGUUUGCACUGAAAGUGGAGGACUUAAUUUGUAUUCGUUUAAAGAACAAGGAGUUGCAUUUCACAAUAUAGAUCCAUCAUUAAAGGCAAAGUGUUGUUGUUGGUCACCAAAAGGCAAACAGAUCGUUGCUGGAUUCAUGAAUGGAAGAAUAAUGCAAUUUAAUAUGGAACUAAAGCCGGCUAGAACAAUAGAAUGUCCACCAACAAUAUUUCCAGGCGGCAACUUUGAUGUGAUUGCUAUUCAAUGGCUUUCCACUUAUCAAUUUGCUAUCGCAUUCCUAAGUCAUCAAGAGGCAGCAAGACCAAUUUUACACAUACUCAACGCACCAAAAGCCGGUCCUCCACAAUACAUUGUCUACAAUGAUGUUUGCUACAGCACUUCUGAAAUUCGACCAAGCAAAAUGUACUUGCAAUACAUUCAACAAUGGGGGAUGUUACUUGUUGCGUCCGCAAAUUGUGUUGAUGUGAGCUUUUUGAGAAUUUGUAAACCAGGUGAUAUUCCAGAAUGGAUGCAAGAAUUUCCAAAUGAUCAAUUUCCAGCAGAAAUGCCACUGACACCUGAAAAGGAUGAAUCAUUUCCUGUUGGAUUUGAAUUUGAGACAGCAUGUACAAAUAAAUUAUUACAAGAAGAUGGAAAUCCUUAUCCUGUAAUGCCAAUGAUUCAUUUAGUAUCGACAUAUGGUGUAUUAUGUUCAUUUUAUAUCCUUAAUACAACAUCUACUUAUGUUGAUGUAUGCUCACCACCACGUCCAAUUGAUCCAAGAGUCCAGAGCUUAUUUACAGUCAAUGUGUCUGCAAAUGUAGUUAAAAGUCAACCACAAAGAAGUGUUUUUCAAACACCGACAAAAAUAGAAGCACCUGCACCAAUAAGCACUUCAACCCCAGCAGUACUUCCUAAAACAAAUUUAUUUGGAUCAGUUCCAAAUGCAUCACCAUUCAGUUUAGCUCCACAAAGUCAAUCAAACGCAUUUAGUGGAUUUUCUAUGCCACCAAGUUCACAACAACAACAAGUUAAGCCACAACCAGUUACGAUGCCAUUCCAAAUGCCAGCAUCAAAACCUGUAAUUGCUCCUACUCAGCCAAUAAUUCUACCAGUUCAAGCAGUUCCUCAGAAUCAACCAUUAAUUACUGUCCCACCGACUUAUAAUCCUCAAAUGACACAACAAAAAACAGAAGUUAAAGAAAUUGCAGUAAGUGAAAAAUUGACAGACGCUGAAGAUGAGCUUAUUUACUUAAGAAUGAUCCAGGAUGAAAUGAAGGCAUUCGAGCUUGAAUUAAACUUUAUUAUGGAAAAGUCUAAAUCAUUAAAGGUUAAUAUUGGAACAAAAGAAGAGUCCGCUGAAAUGAGACGAAAAUUAGAAGAACUUGAUGAAUUAAAAAAGGAAGCAAAUGAGACAGUAGAAUCAUUAAGAAGUGACAUACAGACGAAUAGACUUGGAUUAACUGAAAUGUUCUCAAUGGUUUACGAAGCGAAAUCUAAAAUGGAUCAAGCGAAUAAUGAAAGAUCCAUUAUAAAGCCACAUAAUCAAAUUCAGGAUCGUUCAAUUAAAAGAACCUUAGAUACGUUAAAGAAAAUGAUAUCGCAAUGUGAAAUGCAGAUUCAAGUUGUCAUUCAAUUACUCAAUAGCCAAUGGGCAAAUUAUCAAGACAGUUUGGGACGGAAUAAAAAAAAUAAGAUGCAUGUGCCUAGCUUAGAAAGUGUAUAUCAAACCUUGACUAAGCAGCAAGAAAUCGUUUACAAUUUAAGUGCAAAAAUAAAUCUUUUGAAGACGAAAUUGGGGAUUUGUGACGAUGUUAAGAAGCAAAAGAAUGCGAAUGUUAAUAACACAAUUGAGUCAUUGUCAGACUCAAUCAUUUCAAUGUCUUUAAUCGAUCAAGUUCAAAAUGAAAAUUCUAAAUUGACUUCGAAAAAGCUUAACAAUCUUUUAAACUAUUUAAAUAACAGAGAAGUAGUUACAAUCAAGCCACAACGACCGAAAUUGCCAGGAUUGAAUUCUGAAAUUGUUAUUGAGAAGAAAAUUCAGGCAAUUAAGAAUUUAAAGAGACCGGAGCCUAAAAGAGCUUUGGUGCCACAGCAAAAAGAGCUUGUUCCUCAGCCAAAACCAAUUCCAGUAGUUCCAAAUAUCCCGAAAACUCAACCAUCAGAAUCUGUCUACGACUUUUCAUCAAUGCAGCAACAAAGUGCUCAAAAACCACCAAUUUUCACUCCAGUUACGAAUACUGCAACGCAACCUCAAUUAUCAUUUGCUAAAAAACCAGAAGAACCGACGAAAACUUCGGGCUUUUCUUUUGGAAGUGCUUUACAAACUGUUCCACAAUCAAAUUUUGGACUAAGCUUAAGCACAUCAACUAAAUCAGGACUGAAUUUAAGCACAUCCAGUAAUCCAAUGAAUUUUGGAAAUUCCUCAAUGCCACCACCUUCAUUUACUCCGAGUGGAUUCGCUACAAACUUAAGCGCUGAAAAAAGGAAGGAAGAUUCAGUGACAAUUACGAAAAUCCCACAAGCUGUUCCAAAAACGACUGUAGAAGCUAAGCCAAUAUCGAAUGCAAAUUUAACAGUAUCUGCAAACUUCUCCGUUCCAUUGCCGCCAAAAACAUCACCGUCAACUGUAAAGGAAAUAUCAAAAGUAGAGGAAAAGAAGAAAGAGGAACCUAAACCACUUACAACAAAUGAAACUGCUUCCUUUACAUUCUCAUUGCCUGGAAAGAAAGAAUCACCGGCAUCGAAUAAACCAGCUUCUGUAAUCACUUUUGGUAACUCUCCGUCGACUGCUUCAGACAAUGUAAAAAGUGCAUUUUCAUUUGGUUCCGCACCUAAUGCAUUCAGUUUUGGAACUGCUAGUAAAACUAACGAAGUUAAGCCACAAGCUUCAACAACUAGCUCAACAUCAAUAUUCUCAGGAGGUUCAUCAUCAUUUGGUUUUGGAGAUGCUGCUAAAGUGACAUCAAGUGGAACCACAUCAAUUUUUGCGGCUGCAUUGUCAACGCCUCAAAUCCCAAAAACUGUCGAAGAUUUAAAAGUUUCUCCAUCCUCAGUUCCCACUAUUGCAAGUUCAUCCAGCAGUGCUCCUUUAUUUGGAAUUGGUACAUCAGCUGCACCACCAUCAGAUAGCAAAUCAUCAUUCUCGUUUGCUAACUUUGGAGCUUCAAUUACAAGUACAGUAUCAGAACCUGUUUCUUCCAUUACGACUCAAAGUGCCACAGUUUUUGCUCAAAAAAGUGAUACAAAUAAAACGCAAGCAGUUUCAAGUAGCACGCCUGCAGAUUCAAGUACAAUAACUCCACCUCCUUCAAAUGUUGUCCAAUCUUCAACUGCUGAUUCCGUUCUUCAAGGAUUAAAUAUUUGUUCUCCUAUCACAACAUUAAUAGCACCUCCAGCGCCAACAAACAUUUUUGCAUCGCCACUUCCACCAACUAAAACAGAAACAUCUUCAUUUUUCGGAAGUAGUUCAUUUGCUACUGGUUUUGGAUCACCUAGUGUCGCUACCACUAAAAGUACAAUAUUCUCAACACCUACAUCAACUGUUACUACAACAGUAUCAAGUUCGACGCCAGUUACAAGCACUACACCAUCUGAAUCAAUUUUUGGACAGGCAGUGAAAACAACGCAAGCAUUUGGAGGCUUAGAUUUAAGUACAAAGUCACCUACAAAUACUGCAUUUGGACAAUCAUCACUUGUUAAGCCUGAUCAAUCAGUUUUCGGACAGAAUUCAGUUACUGUGACUUCAACGCCGGCCACGACAGAAACGUUUAGCAAUAUUUUCGCUGCAGCAGCUGCCAAUUUAGAUUCAAAGCCUGCAAAUACUUUUGGAAGUACUCCAGUAUCAUCACCAUCUAAUAUUUUUGGUACGGCUACAACACAAGUCUCUUCCUCUACAUCAAAUGUUUUUGCAACACAACAAUCCCCUCAAGGCUCGAUUUUCGGACAGACACAACCAAGUCAACCUUCUCAAGGAUCAAUUUUUGGACAGGCAGCUGCUACAACAUCAAGCAAUUCUGUUUUUGGACAAGCAACAUCAACUACUCCAAGUGGAUCAGUUUUUGGUCAAGCUACUACGACAGCUUCGACAGGAUCUAUUUUCUCUCAAGGAUCAUUUUCAUCGCCAAAUACAACAGGAAAUAUUUUUAGUGGAACUUCACAAACUCAAUCGCCAUUUGGUGCUGCACCAUCAAGCUCAGUUUUUGGAUCAGGAAGUCAACCAAGUCAACAAUCUACAUCCAUAUUCGGUGGUUCGAGUGCUUUUGGACAAACUGCAUCAGCACAGCCAAGUUCAAACAUUUUUGGAAGUGCUGCGCCAAAUACACAAACCAGUCCAUUUGGAGGAAAUAUUUUCACACAGAAUCAAGCUCAAUCCUCAUUUGGAGGAAAUGCAACAUUUUCUAAUAAUUUUGGACAGAGUUCAUUUGGAUCUGGUGGUUCUAUAUUCACUCAGCAACAGAAUCAACCAGUUUUUGGCGGUGGUGCAACUUUUGGAAGUCCGAAAUCUAAUAUUUUUGGAGGAACUGUUCCUUCUCCUCCACAAAGUCCUCAACAAGGCAAUAACAUUUUUGAGCAACUUGGUCAGCAACAGUCAGGAAAUUUAUUCGGAAGUUUAGCACAAGCCACACAGCCACCACAACAGCAAGGAGGAUUUAUCGGAAGUGCAUUUUCAAGUUGGCGUUAAUUUUAUGUUAAGAUAAUUGUGGAACUAAUUUCAUUUGUUAAGAAAAUAAACUUUACUUCAAUAAAUUUGUUUAAUCUGAAUUGGAAUCUAGUUCUC